AUGUCCUCAAGGGCACUAAGAAAAGUACAGAAACAGCGGGAGCUUGCCCGGCAAGAAGCUGAACAAGAAAAUACAUCAGACCAAGAGUGCGAGGAUUCCAAGCCGUUAACGUCGAAAUUUAAUGCAUUCGACCUUUUAGAUGCGGAUGACGAGGUGUCGGAAGGCGAAGAAGCACAUAUAGAAGACGACCCAGAGCCAGUACCAAGCCCGAAGCCUACCGCUAACAGGAAGAAGAAGAAACAAAAAAAGAAAAAGGCAACAAAACGGGAUAUAACGUCAGCAGAUACACCUGUUCACGCGGCGUCAGAUGGUCAGGGACUUGAUGAUAUUGAUCGAGCAUUAAAAGAGCUUUCUGUUCAUAAAAUUGAAGACGGAGGACAUGCAGGUGCUCCUCCUAACGAAGCUGAUGAAUCGGAGGCCCUCUGCGCCCUGCUUGCAGUGGAUACUAAGAGGUUGAACGCUAUGAAUGAGAUGAGAAAGCUAUUUGGAAAUGUCGCAGUGGAGGACAGGGAUGGGGGAGAGUCGCCGGGCAGGAGACGGGAAAGAAAUCGUGAGAUGGUUGACCUAGGAAGAGCCUUGACCGGAAGAUUCAGCCCUGCAAGCCGUGGGCAGGUUCUAUCAGGAAUGGCUCUCCGCAAGAACGUUCUGAUGCAAGGCAAAGAUGAAUGGCCUCGCAUGACAAGUGGCGGGCUCGGGAUGGAGAUAGUAGCAAAAAGACCGUCGGGCGUCACGGAGUUCAAGCUUGUCCAUAAUAGCCACUAUCAAGAUGUGCAGAGGCAGUUUGACAUGUGCGUUCAGUCAAUGGAGCCAGAGAGAAUGAUAGAACAUCUUCAAUUCAACCCAUAUCACAUAUCUACGCUACUACAAGUCUCCGAAAUCGCGAAGCACCAAGGUGACCAUGCUGUUUCCGGAGAUCUUCUUGAAAGGGCGCUUUUUAAUAUUGGAAGGUCUGUUCAGUCGUCAUUUGGUACUUGCCUCAAAGAGGGCAAAGCCCGCUUGAAUUUUACCCUCAAAGAGAAUCGUGAACUAUGGCUAGCAACAUGGAGAUAUGUUAUCAAUUUGGGGAUGAAAGGCACAUGGAAGACUACAUACGAGUGGGCGAAGUUUCUCCUUAGCCUGGAUACUGAUGACCCGUAUUGUCUCAAUUUGACAAUUGAUCAGAUUGCCAUCAAAGCAAGAGAACAUGAGCACUUCCUUGAACUAUGCUCGCACCCUAUAUUUAAAGAACGCUGGGAUUCGUUUCCAAAUAUCCAAUGCUCGCUUUCCCUCGCGUAUGUUCUGAAAGGAAAUGCAACUGGGGCAAGAGAUCAGUUACGAAAGGCCGUUUCUCGGUAUCCGUGGAUAUUUUGUCGGCUUGCGCAGGAGCUAAAUAUCAGCCCUGUGCCUAGAUCUAUCUGGGGAGCCACAGCCCCUAAUUCAGCGUUCGAGUUAUUUGCAGAGCUCUACAUUAAACGUGCCAAAGAUAUUUGGAAUACUCCAGAGACGAUUUCGCUACUUGUAGAAGUGGCAGAUAGCGUCGACGCGACACAACCAGCUAUGCUGGCACCCGAAAUAUCACUAAAUAUUGCCCGGCAUGUUCUCGUAUCUGACAUACCUGCUGUCUUAACCCACCUUCCACGCGAGUUCACGGCAGGCCAGAUCUCAGCUUCCGAUCCUCUACCACCAGGCCAGCCGCUGGGCCAAGAGGAUGUACCGUCAUCUUGGCUUUUCAAUGUCAUUCGAGGCGUAAUAAAUGCGAAUGCCAUUCCUGAGAAUGCCCACUCGGAUGGUGAGAGUAGCUUAGAUUCAGGUGAAGUGAUCGUGACCCACGAUCACUGGCUGUUUAACAAGGGGCUAUUCGACGUGGCUUGGUUUAUCGAGGAAAAUGGUGUUGACCCUGGCAAUUGGGACAUGGAUCGAGACAUCACGCCCAUAGCUGCUUGGGUAAGGCGUUUGAUGAAGGACGUGCCGCCAGACGAAUGGAACCAGACGCUACACGAGAGAGCGGCAGAAGCAAUGGUCAAGGUGCUGCAGGACCAGGCGAUCCCUAUCGUGACGGACCUAUUGAAAGAGGAAUUGCUGCGGCAAAGCGAGGAACAAUAA